CCCCCGCGGCCACGAUGUCGGCGGCGGACGAAGAGGGUUGGGACGGGCGCGGGCCGCGCGGCGGGGGCAGCGGCGACGGGCCGGCGGCGCAGGCCCCGCGCGGGGGGCUCCUCAACCGUUUCGUCAGGCUGUCGCCGGGCCCGGGACGAGGCGGCCACAGAGUUCCGCCAGCCAGAAGCGGCCACCGCUGCGUCGCAGACAACGCCAACCUGUAUGUGUUUGGAGGGUAUAAUCCCGACUAUGACGAGUCCGGAGGGCCAGAGAACGAGGACUAUCCGCUGUUCAGGGAGCUCUGGCGGUACAACUUUGCGACCGGCACCUGGCACCAGAUGGGCACAGAGGGCUACAUGCCGCGCGAGCUGGCCUCCAUGUCGCUCGUGUUGCACGGCAAUAACCUCUUGGUCUUUGGGGGCACCGGGAUCCCAUUUGGCGAGAGCAACGGCAACGACGUGCACGUCUGCAACGUGAAGUACAAGCGCUGGGCCCUGUUCAACUGCCGCGGAAAGAAGCCAAAUCGCAUCUAUGGACAGGCCAUGGCGAUCAUUAACGGGUCCCUGUAUGUCUUUGGAGGAACCACGGGCUACAUUUACAGCACGGAUCUGCACAAGCUGGACCUGAACACCCGGGAAUGGACCCAGCUGAAGCCAAACAACAUGCACUGUGACAUGCCAGAGGAGAGGUACAGGCACGAGAUCGCGCAUGACGGCCAGAGGAUUUACAUCCUGGGCGGAGGAACCUCUUGGACAGCCUAUUCCUUGGACAAGAUUCAUGCCUACAACCUUGAAACAAACACCUGGGAGGAAAUUGCAACCAAGCCCCAUAAAAAAGAUUUCCCGGCAGCCAGGAGAUGUCACAGUUGUGUACAGAUAAAAAACGAUGUCUUUGUCUGCGGAGGGUACAAUGGAGAAGUGAUCCUGGGGGACAUCUGGAAGCUGAAUCUGCAGUCCUUCCAGUGGGUGAAACUCCCAGCAGCGAUGCCCGAGCCGGUUUAUUUCCACUGCGCUGCUGUGACUCCGGCCGGCUGCAUGUACGUCCACGGAGGCGUGGUGGACAUCAUCCGGAACAAACGGACUGGCUCUCUCUUCAAGAUGUGGCUGGUGGUGCCCAGCCUCCUGGAACUGUCUUGGGAGAAGCUCCUGGUUUUCUUCCCCCAUUUAGCAAACCUCACCAGAUCGCAGCUUUUGCACCUCGGACUCACAGAGGGACUCAUUGAGCGCUUGAAAUGAGGCCCUCUAAUUUAAAUUUCAAACACUUAUUUAAAUACUAAAUUAAAAAGUGACUCCUCUCGUCCUCCCUUUCGCUUGUGCUUUCUCUCUCUGAGUGUCGCAAAGAAUGCUGCUAAGGAGAUGGAAGCUCUGCUCCGAAGCCUUACCUGGCAAAAUACAUCAGAUGCCUUUCCUGUGAGUUUUUAUUUUAAAGUUUAUGGAAGUCAACCUUUUUUUAAUUUAUGGAUACCAAUAAGUACGUCAUGAACUAAAGAUACUGCUGCUGAACUAAUCCGUACUGCUUCUGCUGCAUGCCUGUAGAUUCGGUAGGGAGGGGGGCAGACUCUGCCUCCCCUCCCCCUCUCCUAGUUCUUGUUCUGUAAGAAAGGCUUUCCUGCCUAGAAUAUCCCGCCGCGAUUUCUGCGGCCUGCGUGGAAGGGGCCAGCGGGCCCGUUCCGGGACCGACUGUGGCUCUCGCCAUGCUCGCGGCUCCGAAGUGAAAAAAGCAACCAAACCAGCGCAGUGUCUUCUGUGGGCGUAAGAUGUGGCUGGUGUCGCGUAUGUUGUCAUUUUCUGCCCUUCCAUCUCGGAGCUUCCCAUCAAGGCCUGUAUUCACACGACUGGCAUCAGCCCAGCCGCCUCUCCGGAAAGGUGGUCCAGAGCAGUGGGCUGCGCACCCAGCCACGGUUCCCGUUUCUGUCCCGCACUGGAAGAGGUAAUGGAGAGAAGAGGAGAACCGUGACCGAGUCAGUGCUUGUGUUCCCCCGUUGCGAGUGUGCACACACGUACAGCUGGACAACCGUCGGCCUCCUCUCGAGUCUGGACGCAGCCCGCGAGCCAAGGUCCUGCUUCCCCGCUGAGGCUGGUUCAGUUGGGCCCCCCCUUUGCUGGGCUGCCUCUCCCCACCACGGGGCCGCCUCAUGACGGGUCGUUCCUUCCCAGGAAGUGCCGUGUCGUCACUGGUGUGUCUUCUUCCUUUCUUGUGCAGAGGCAAGACACCCGACGUUUUGCUGUGAGCAGUAUUUGCCUUUUAAAAAUGCUGGAAAAGGAAACGAUGUCUGUGUCUUAACUGUUGUGUUCCGAACGGCUGUUCAGACCAGUUGUGUAGAAUGUAUACCAAAAUGGCCACCCAACCGAGCAUCGUAGCUAGCCCGAGGGGCUCGCGUUUUGAUUUUAGCUGUUCUUUAAAAAAAAAUCUACAUGAAAGCCC